CUGUGGUUGGUAGCGCCGGUUUCAAAGCCACCCGAGUUCCGGCAUCGAAUAUGCUCCUCAGUUGGCGUCGCGACGCCGCCGUCGGAGGUACGCGGAAGGCGUUUACGGUAGCACCUGACGGCAGCAUCCACUCUUAUCGGAAAGAAAGUCGCUUGUCUGAAAGAAAAUUACUCGGAAUAUAAAUUGUCAGCUGUGUAAUUUCUGUUCAAAAUUUGGAUGUAUUAAAAAAAAUAAAAAUUGCAAAAAUAUAAGACUAUCGUAAAAUGUGUCGCAAUAGUGCAUUUAAGGCCAACGGCUCUAUAAAGAUCGAGAUAUAAAAAAAGUGUAUCAAGGGAGCAAGGAGCGAUCGCGGAAAAUUUGAAAUUCUCCUUUCGCGGAGAGAUUCCGGAUAUCGUCAAUACCUCGGCAUCAAGAUGACAAUUUUUUCACACGUUAUUGAACCGUCAACGCAUUCCUUCUGGAUCACAGAAUUCGAAAUGAUAGGGUAAUACGAGAUAUUCGAUCCGUUUUUUACGGGGGAUGAAGUCUUCUUCCUUCAAAUGUUGUGGAAAAAGAUAACACGAAGCACGACGUCAAAUGACGAACACGGACCGCCGGAGGAAAUCGAAAAGGACAUGCGUUGAGGAAGAAGGAAGGGACGACCUUCCUUCGCUGACGGAAAUAUCGCGACGGGCUUUCCCCAGUAAUUUUCUCCCGUUCCGCGUUACUGACUCGAUUAUUCGAGACGGAAAGUGAAUACUCUAGGUGAUGUCUUACUGAAGAUGAUAAUUAAAGAUAAAAGUGAAAAAAAUAAAUAUAAUAAAAGGGAAAAUAAAAUUAUUUGAAAUAUAUACGUAAAAAAAUAAAAUAAAAAAGUAUAAAACUGUUGUGAAGGCAAAUUUAUGGCGUGUGUAAACUUAUAAAAAUCGUGCAACGUACACAAAAGUUUUCGCAAAGAAAGUGCAUUUGUCCGUUUUACAAAAAAAGUGACAUGAUUAAUGUGGAUCUGAGAACUAAUGUAAUUUUCUGUAGCAGAUGGUAUACAACAGAAAAUACUGUAGCAAUACGGAAAGAUUAGUUUCAGCGAAAAAAAAAGAGAGAAUAAAAAGAGCAGCAUCGACUUGCAUCGUUAAGAAAACUGGCGAUUUUAUUUGCUCGUCGCUCGUACCAGAUGAUAAAUCAUCGACGACAAUUCCCGCAGGGAUGAAAGAUCACGUUCGCGGAUGUAAUAUUUUUUAUAACGCUUCUAUCGAUAAGUCGAAUCUGAGAUGUACGUUUGAUUCACGUUUCUAUCACACGUUUCUAUGUGGAUUAAAAUUGCUAAUUGCGGCAAUGAACAUAACUGCCUUUGCACAGUCACGCAUUAUUGUUUGUGAACAGUUAUCUCGCUUAUACAAAUAAUUUUUUAUAAGAUAUAUUUUUCUUCUAUCACAUGCGAAUGACGAAAAAAUAGAAAAAAUAGUUACACAGCACACAUGUGAUUAUAAAUUCGAAUUGAAAACUGAUUUAAUUAAUUUCGGAAAAAUACUUCUUUCUCUCAAGUUUCUCUCAAGUCGAAUUCCUAGAUCAUUUUGCAACGAAGAUGCAAAUUUUCCAAAGCAAUAGACAUGUUUUACACAUUUAAAUAAAGGACAGAAUAAUAUUAGUAUUUAGAAAAUGCCAAAUAAUAUUUUCUGUGCUAGAAUGUUUUUCCAUGAUAUUUCACCGCCCACAUUCUACAUGUGGCGUCACUUGACCGCACGUCGCAUAUUUUACUGCUUAAUGUAAUUCGGUUUUACAUUCACAGUUUUAUAAAUGAUAAAGCAGAAUGUCGCUUUAAUCACGUAUAGUUUUCGCUUUAUGCAUUUUUGUAUUAUGAGCUUUACUGAAGUAAAAUCGCGUAAUACUGUAGGUAAUUGCAACGAAGUGCGAUUGCUUGCGUGAUAUGUUUUCGCGUCUCCGUUACCACUCAUUCUGUCUAGUACUUCAUACUUAGUCGUACUAUCUAUUGCUAGAAUGCAUCCGAGGGGGCCGUCGACCUAUGGCUAUGUUCGUCGACCGAAUAAUUUUAGAUAGAAACAGGAUUCGCGUAAUAAGGAAUGCAAGUUCGAGAUUACAAGAAACACACCUGGCACGGUCGAGAUCAAUGAACACCUGCAAUUGGCACGGUCGUACGCGUUGAUUAAGCUGAAAUUAAUAUUCUUUGAAUACCGGAAUGCUAACAAGCUCAAUUAUCUAAAAUAAUAGCCUUUGAACAUGUUAAAUAAAUGUUUUUAAAGUAUUUAAUUAAUAUUUUUUGGAUAAAUGUUCUUUGAAACAAGAGAGUUAAUAUUCUCUGGAUAUUAAAAUGCAUUAAAUAUUAAAAUAUUCGAUUAUUCAAAAGACAUUUUCUACUUUAUGAAAUAUCUCUGUAAUUUUUUUGUUAAUAUCUGGACUGAAAAUAAGAUCGUUUUAAUAAAGAUUCAUUAUGACGAUUGAUUUAUUACUUCCAGCCAAUAUUGCUUUCUGAGAGGACGACUUUCUUUUCAUCGCAAUUCUGCUUCUUACUGCAAUAUUUUAACCGAAUUUCAGUUUCUGUUGCCGCGUUAACAACCGUUAACGAUGUAUUAAUGGCUCUUCGCGAUCGUUCAGGCCGUUUUGGAAACCGCGAAUGACCCCUUUCGUAAACUCUGUGGAGAGACGUGCCGAUAGUCACGCGGCACCGUUUUUCGAGACAAAUCCCUCGCACGGAAUCCUGGCUCUUAAGAGCUUGCCAACAUUCUUCCGUCUGUCAGUCUAUUUAUACAAGCGCUUGGAUAAAAUUCAUAGAUCCGCGGAAUAACUGACGGGACAAAAAGAGCACAAAGAGUGACACUUAGUCGUUUAUAUGCCCGACAAAUUUAUGCAAUGUAUGUGAACAGUGAAUGUACGGAUACUGAGUGAUUUGGAGGGAAUAAGUGGGGAUUUUCACGCAAAUCGCGUAGAUCACGUACAAGCACGCGCGUCACAACCACGUCGAAUUUUCUAGUCAACAGCUGAAAUCGUGACCACGUAUUUCUUGUAGACGACGAGGAUUGCAUCGAGGUGUUCCACGGGCGAACUGAGAAACAGUUGGAGGAGCAAUGCGUCUCUCGGGUGUUCAUCCGUCAUCGGGCAACUAUUCUCCCUCGUGAUUCAGCGAGAAUCUCCGACGAUUAAAGAACCAAUUGUGGAAAAUCGUUGCAUCGCGUAAGGUACCAAGGCACACGCACGCUCGUUUAAGUGUCAAGUGUUUCGUGUCGCACCCUCACAGAAACGGAAAGCUGCACAAUACGCCGCGAAAAUGUCGAGCUCACCGCGAGUACGGAACCUACCGCCCCGACCUAAGAUCACGAUUCCGAUUCCCGGACAGUACUACCCGCAGCCUGUGACCGGCAUGGGCUACGUGUCGACGCCGUACGGGCAAACGCCGAUACCGAUGACGCCGGUUUCCGGCCAUCCGCAGAUGAUCUACGCCAACCGCGCCAGCAAAUUUGUAUUCAAGGGGAUCAAGGAUCUGACUAAGUCCGGGCUCAGUGUGGGGGAGAAGAGCGCCUUCUGGCUCUACGAGAAGGUUAGUUCCUGGAGCAGAAGAUGGUUCACGCACAUUUUUUUAUUCGUUAUCGUACUUCUGUACAGCAUCGCUGGAGCGAUGAUUUUCAUUACAGUCGAGGGCACGCACGAGGAACUUCUUCAUUUCAACAUUCGGAAAGAGAGGAACAAAACGCUCGAUGUCAUUCGCGAACUUUGCAAUGACUCGGUGCUUGCGUCAAACACAGAAUUUUGGAAAGGACGAGCCGCGGACGAGCUGAUGAAGUACGAGGAACAUCUGUACGAGUUUUUCAAGCGAGGAGUGACAGAUCGCGGCGAGAAAGUGUGGACGUUUUGGAAUGCCGUCUUCUACUGCGGCACUAUUUACACGACUAUUGUAUUAAACUUCCAAAAGCACAUUUUCGAUGUAAUUCACGUCUCGGCUCUGAUCCUCAAUACAAAUACUUCUGAUCCUGACGGGGUCACAGGGUCAAACGGUCACCGAGCCUCCUCGAAACCGCAGCGUAAAACGCAGGGUAGCGUAACGGGCUGCGGUGGAUGCAGGCGGCGGCGUCGCGACGCCAGAGCGACCGGGCACCGUUGCGCGCGGCGCUUACCGCUCGAUAUCCGCUGCGGCAAAGCCGGUGGUCAUCCGUUUCCGUCGCGGCUGGUAGCGGCAAACAUCACCGACAGUGGUGGGAGCAGCCUCCGUUUUAUUUCUGUCCCGGCCUCGCUGCGGGCCGGUCUCGCGAGUGUACGCUUCCUUUCGCUCGCGAGUCGUUCCCGCGUACGAACUACGACGUCGACAGCGACGACGGAGAGCCGCGCGAUGGAAGACAGUUAUACGGUACACAGGCGUCGCAAGGCGGCCGCCAGGAAGCGCGAGAAGACGCCCGAUCCGUCGUCGAGGGGUGCCGCGACGCGUAGGGACACUACGGACGACGAAGAUGAAGAAAGGCGCGCCAGGAUGGAGAGAAUGGCCGAGGAGGCGGAGAAGAUAGAGCAGCAGCAGAAGGAAGGUAAACUGAUGAAGCAGGAGCUCUCACCCGCGAAGGAACCAGAGAAACGAGACAGAAAGAAGGACGAAGUGGAGAAGCCUGUUAGAAGAAGAGACAGAACUGACGCGAGAAAAUCUGCGAACGUGGAUGACAUGAUCGCUAUACGCGCCGAAGUAGCCGCCAAGUCGACGGCGGCUGGGAAUAGUCUGAAGACACGUGAGACCGAUGUCGUGGCUGACGACAACAGUAGCAUGCGACCGGUAAAGCAGGCCACCGAAAUGACGACCAAGUCCGAUGACGGCAUCACGAAAAAAGAGACCGUUAAAACCGAAAUCGUUCAAGUUGCCAAAGAAAAGAUCGUCCAGGAUACGUCGGAGACGCCGCGGGAGACGAACGGCGAGACUGCGCGAUCCGUUGAGGUCCGCAAAGUCGAGAGACGAUUGAAAAGAAAGUCGAAGGAACGCGCGGAGAGAUACAGUCGGUCGACGGACUCGAGCGACGCGGACGAGAAGAGCGAGUCCACUCGAAUGAGAACAAAAUCUCCGGAAGCUGCGAGGCCUCGAGUGAAGAAGACGAGCGCCAGGAGCCGCGCCAAUGAUCCGGAAGCGCAGAAGAGGGACGCCGAACGGAUGAACCGAGAGAAACGGUCGUCGAGUCGGCAGAAGCUGGAAGAUGACUCGCAGACGCAAGACAAUGGCGACAAACCACGCGCAAAACCGUACAGUCAGACGGACGACACGGCUGAGGAUCCGAAGACAAUGAAGAAGAGCGAGACUUUCCCGCGGCCCACGGAGGAGCGAGUGAUCAAGCGAUCCUCGAGCGAGCUGAAGAAACAGAUCAUCCCGCUGAGCAACGAGAGUCUGAUUGAGGAUUUCGCGAAGGCGCAGCGAGAAUAUCUAUUGAGGGAGCGUAGCAUCCUGGACCCGGAGCCUGCAGAUGUGUUCCAGGAAACAGUCGAAGCCAGUUCCUUGAGGAGACGGAAAUUCAGUCUGCCGUACGGCGAGAGCGAAACCGAAGAGAUCAUUCGGGGUGAAAAGCAGUCCGCCGACGUAGUCGAUGAGAAGAAGAAAUCGUGGUUCUCCUGGUUGCCUUUCUGGCGCAGGAAUAAAGAGGACAAGGAGAUUGCAGAAGAAAAGAUUGACGAGGAAGAAGAGCAACCGAAACCGGCACCAAAAGUCGAAAUUGUCAAAGCGGAGAAGAAAGAAGCUCCGGGGAAGAUCACUUUGAUGGACUUCUUCAGAGCGCUCAGGGACAUCGUCGGCGAAUUCAAGGCUUUCGUGGCUCAGCAUCCGCACGAGACGACCAUCAUCCGGCGGCUGCGUAAUCGCUGUUUAGCCGGAUUGCUGCUCGUGAUGAUCUACUGCGGUCUCGGCGCCUUUGUCUUCCGGUUCGUCGAGGGCGCCUUUGAGACGUUCUACAAGUGCGGCGUGAAACGCGUCAAGCGAGACUUCCUGGACAGCUUGUGGAACUAUAGUCACAAUAUGAGAGAGGACGAUUGGAAGAGUAUGGCGCGCAGGAAGCUGAUGGAAUUCGAAGAGCAGCUUCACACCGCUCACGAGGCCGGUAUGCACUCUUACAGCGGCCAGAAGAGUUGGAGUUUCUUGAACGCGGUUGCUUAUUGUCUCACCGUCAUCACCACCAUCGGAUACGGACACAUUUCGCCAAGUACGAAUGCAGGAAGAGCCAUGACAAUUGUCUACGCUAUCUUCGGUAUUCCCAUGUUUCUUAUCAUUCUGGCUGAUUUCGGUAAAUUAUUUACGCGUGGUAUGAAGUUCCUGUGGGCAUUCGUGAGGAGGCUAUACUACACUGGCAGCUGUCGUAAAGUUCGUCGCACUGGGCCCGUUCAGGAAGUCAUGAAGGGCGUACAACUGGUCUACGAUUUCGCGAAAUUCCGGAGGCCAUCGCAAAUGAAUCCCGAGGAGAUCGAGGAGAUGCAGAGGCAGCAGGUGCAACAACCGCAAACGGUCCUAAAUCUAGACGCGAACGCGUCGGACACGCCGGGCACACCGACACUCUCGGCGUUCGCCAUCGACGACGAGUUCAAUCUGCCGAUCUCGGUGGCGAUUGUUAUUCUUCUGGCUUACAUCUUUAUAGGGGCCACAUUGUACUACAUGUGGGAGGAUUGGGGUUUCUUCGAGAGCUUCUACUUCGUCUUCAUCUCCAUGAGCACUAUCGGCUUUGGCGAUUACGUGCCAAAGCACCCCAUAUACAUGAUGUGUUCGAUAGUAUACUUGGUGUUCGGCCUGGCACUCACAUCGAUGUGCAUCAACGUUGUACAGGUGAUGCUGUCCGACUCGUUCAAGCAGGCGAGCCAGAAGAUCGGAGCCACGAUCGGUUUCGAAGUUGCCGAGGACGACAACUCGGUGAAACCGGCGGUGCCGCCGCCGGUUGAGAUCGCGGAUGUCCACAUGAGCGUGAAAGAGUCCGAGAGUGACGAGAAAAUCGCGCCGAAAGCUAAGCAAGAGGAUGUCGACCUAUAGAUGCAUUUCUUUCGAAGAAACUACAUCCCGAUCGAGCGCUCGCUCGUUUCGCGAAUCACACGUGCGUUUAUUCGGUCUUAAAAAAAAAAAAAAAAAUUAAAUCGUACGCUGGCUUACGCAACAUACGAGAAUAAACACUAAUCAUCUUGCAACACGCACGCAAUCAAGCUUCGCGGCUCGACGAACAAUCGUCGUCACGGGAUCGUCUUUACGCGUCUCCGCGCCUGAAAUCUAUUCGAUAGACGAGUGAUUUUAGAAUGUUCGACGUUUUUCAAGAUUAAGUUUGUGGAUGGAUUUCAGUGAAGUCUUAUUAAUAACUUCAGUUGCUUCUAAUUAGCUAACUUGCUAUGCCAAUUCGCUAAUCCAAUUUUAAUUCCGAUUCUCUUCCAUCGACAUAAAGACGAUCUCGAUCAUUUCGACAGUGAAAUUUUUGAAGCACCGUACGCUACUACACGUCCGUCUAUCGCUGAAAUCGCAUCGAACAAACGCGACUCUUUCAAAUGUAUAUAUUUCUGAGACGCGCAAAAAUGCGGAUAGUGAUUUUGUGAAACUGGAGAUCCGAUCGCGUGCGUCCGUCAUCACGGUCGGUGAUAAUACACGAUCAUUUGCCUGAAGAGUUCUAGACAAUGAGUCGAUCGAAUUUCGCGUGUAAAACGAUUGUGCACAAUUCAACGAAAGUAUCGAAACAAAUUUGUUCGAAACUAUACGCACAAAUGUAUUCAGAACGCGUUUCGUCAGGCGCUAAACAAGUGAUUUUGAAAGAAGUUUUCACGGAAAGUCGCGCCAAUAGUAUUGUGGAAUAUCAAUGGCUCUAUUUUAUUUCGCAAUUUGUGAAUUUAAAAAUAAGAAAAUUGAUCUUUUAGAAUAUAACUUAUAACUUUGAUUUUACAGAAUUUUAAAUUACGAAUACUUAUGUAAUAAUUAUUUAAAUGUGAAUAUGUAAGAUAAGAGAAAGAGAGGAAAUUUAAUAUUUCUAUAUAUGUAAUAUUAUGUAUUAUUAGAUAUCCCACGAUGUUAUUGGCGAGUUGUAGUGAUUUUCGAAUCUACGGUAUUAAAUUUCCGUUUUCGCGAUAUCUCCAGUGAUAGUCUAUACCUAUUGAUACGAUGGAAUGCGAAAUACUAUUUUUAUCACAUGAGUACAUCGAACGAAGAAAAUAUUGCUACUCCGCAAACGCUCUCUUGCCAAAUGCUCGCGGGCCAGAUAUACAUCUCGCGACUUAUUUUUCGUAGUGUAGUGUCUAUUGACAAUAAACAUAAGGAAAUUCGUAUUUUGUAUAUUUUGUAGUUUAUCGUGAUGUGAUUUUCCGCACUAAGUUGACUUUUAUAUAUAUAUCUCGCGAUGUGAAUUUAAAAAAAUAAUCAAUUUCCUCGGUAAGCGAAUUUUAAUCCUUUCUUUGCAACAAAUUAUUCUAUAAUUUCUGUAAUGAUUCUCUCGUUGGAGAACAGGAUUGAAAGAAAGCUAUAGUAAUAUAUCUUUCUUGUGUAAAAAUGUUUAAUUUACGUAAUAAUUGCUAAUCCCCCCAAUACAGUCUUUCAUUAUCUAUAUACAUAUAUAUUAAAAAUUUCAUAUUUUAAAAAAUUGACAGAAAUUGAUUCUAUAAAAGCGGAAUACUAAUUUUAAAAUUAAAGAUUAGUUUUAAAAUCUUGAGACAAUAAAAGAUCUUUAAGCUAAUCACAAAUUAUAAAAAUUAGAAAUUAUUAAUUUUAUAGAAUAAUUUCUUAUCAUUUUAAAAAUCUUUUUUCUUAAAUGUUUUAGAUGUGUCAUUAUAUGAUGUAAUAAUGGGGGGGGGGGGGAUUGAUCUCUGACGGGAGAAUUCCAAUUUCUGCGAUGAAAAAAAAAAACACUCGUGCCUUUUUAAAGAUGAAACAAAUUAGUUAUUAAAAUUUUAUGGUGGAUGUGUGGCAAAGAUUCCUGCGUGUGAUAAAGUUUCACCUUUAAUCGUCGCUACUUGGCAGGAAUAUUAUUUUUGUUCUAUGUUAAAACAAAAGUGGACGGCUUGAUGAAUAUAUGACGUCUUCGCAAUUUUACUACUCGUUGAAAAUUCGCAUUAAAUUAUGAGAGCUAAGUGUAUAAAUUUAUUGAUAAUAAGAUAUUUAAUUAUAUUAUUGUAAUUAUCGAAUUAUCGAAUUUACGUACAAAUAAACGUUUAAGUAAGG